AUGGCCGAGUCAGAGGCGCGCCAGUGGACGAUCGUCCUUGUCCUUACCGCUCUCCUGCUUUCCUUCAUCGUCCUAUCCCAGAUCAUGACCACAUACAUAACCGCCUACCGUGACGCACCCAGCGAAAUCAGCUCCUUUAUUGAUGCUGUCGAAUUUUCAGUCGAGGAGAACGAGAGCUACGAUCGCGAUAUCGCAAAGGUACAGCGCCUUGACGACAAGCUGCGCCUCGGCCGACUGCUCCGUGAGAUACAGAGAGGAGGCGACGAUUUACGCGAGCAGAUCAAUUCCAUGCUUCUCUCCGACGACACAACCACUUUGCGCACACCUGCCCGCCUUCUGUGGGCAAACAAACGCCGCGAUCUCGAAGAGCGCGUGCGCAGGCUCGAUCUCGUGAGGGUGCGGUUUCUCGUUGUGUACAUGGGCGUUGUGGCAGAGAGGGCCAGCGCGACGGCCGAAAGACAUGCGGCAACGCCGGUGACGCCGCCGCCGACAGAUCCGGAGAAGUCGCCGCUGCCCUUCACACCCCCGAUGAUGCAUCCCAUGAAGGCGAGCCUGACGCGCGCCCUGACCGAGGAGAUUCGCCAGAAGCCGCCGCUGAGGAGGCUGACUACCCAGGCUCUCGGCCAUCACGCAGAUACGCAGCCGGGCCACAAGAUGGGAUGGGUAGGCGUUGUCCAAGAGUUGCAAAGGAGCCCCAAGCUACACAAGCGGCGCACCUCCAUUGAGCGAUCGAUCGAGCAAGAGCUGGCCAACUCCAGGCUGAGUCUCUGA